AUGAGUGUGUCAGAAAGCGACAAGGCUCAACGCUACAUCGCCAGCCUCAAUGCCGCCCGUCUGAACGGCACCUGGGCCGAUGUGCCCGAGCUGGUGCGCAAGGUCGACAAACACGCGCCGCAUCGCAAAUGCCUGACUCUGGCUGCCGCCGCAGAGGUUCAGACCGCGACUUCGUCUAAUCGCCGUCCGGGGACACAAACAUCAGCUGCUUCACACACUAGUCUCCUCGAUCAGACCCCCAAGCUCGUCCAGGCCGUCGAGAGCGAACGCACCCUACUUGAAGAUGCCUUCCAAGCAAAUGUCGCCCUUCAUGAGAUUUACUUCCUUCGCGCCGAGUGGUCCGCAGUACUUGGUGGUCUCGAAGACGACGCGGGGUCGAUAGUUGCUCCUUUCGCAAACUCGCCUUCAGAUCUCAAACCAAACACCCGUCUGGCCUUGAUCAAGAGCUGCUACUUCUUGGGUGUCGCCAAGGAACAGAACGUCUCGCUGGAUAGUGCUCUACUUGUAUACAGCCAAGCUCUGCCAGCAAUCGAUCAGGCUCCCGUGAAUCUGGCUGCCUACCUGGAAUACCGCACAUGGGCUGCUCGUUUGCUUGGUCGUAUUUGUUCCCUUCAGUCGGAGCAAGGCCACACUUCGACUCUCGCCAAUGCAAAUGCUGCUUUGAUCUCGUACAGAGCGUGGGCCCGUAUCUGGACUGGCGACACGCCAUCCAGGACCACCGCCCCCAGCUACUCUCUCGGUCCUCACGAUGUCUCUAAUAAGGACGUUUGGGCCUUGUAUUACAACUUUCUCUCAUUCGUUCUUGCUUCAGACCUGAUCUAUACCUCUUCGAACGAGUCACCCUUGACUAUUCCUGAUUCGGAAUACCUUUCCAGCGACCUGGCCAAGGCGAGACUGCGACAAAGAACUGAGCUGAAACAGGUCGAAUCUGCCUACGAAAGCUUACUGUUGUACAAGACCAAGUUCCCUCAAGCAAGUCAGUCUAAUCAGGAAGUCGAACUUUGGGCGAACUCGGUCAUCUCAAACUGGUCAAUUCUGUGCGGUCCGAAAUGGCGAGAAAUCGAUCUGGGCGAAGGUGGCAAGGCCGCUGUCGGUCGCAGUACUCUGGACAUCCUCUAUCGUGCCGCAACAAAAACCUUUCACUCUACGAUAAUCCUGCGCCACCUCUUCGUGGUCCACGCUUCCCUGGCAGAAUUCGAUCUUGCAGUCAAGGCUUUCGACUCGUACACCGAUAUUACCAGCAGGGCAAAGUCGAGAGCCGAGAAGACCGGCCACAACGAACCAGGGCUGGAUAGUGAUGAUCUUGUUGUUUUGACUGCCGCUCAGGCUAUUGGCGUAUUGUGCAGAUAUGGCUCACAAGCAGAGGGCGAAAAGGCUAUCGAUGUUGCCAAGAAACUCUCCGAUUGGCUUAAACAACCUCGUCCAACUUCUUCCAUGACCGUCGCUAGGAAAGACGAAGAUGGCCGUCAACCAGAUAAGGCUGCUACUGACGCUGAGGCUGCUACAGGUGCCCUACUCUCAACUGAGUCUUCUGUAGCUGCCUAUCGUGCUAUUGGUGAAAGCCAAGCAAACUUUGCCAGACUCACUCACGACCCAUCACAACGGGCAGAGUUCAGAGAGAAGGCCAUCAAGUCUCUGCGAAAAGCUGCAGAGUUGUCACCUGGUGGUAAUCUGGAUCCGGAGACUGCUCUCCUGCUGGGUACAGUCCUCGCUGAAAAUCGUCAACUAUUGCCUGCAACGCAAAUCGUCAAGUUCGCUCUGGCGUCCUCAGCAAAAGAGGACGACAAUAGAAGUGUCGCUGACAUGUCGCACAUGAUUCCUCUAUACCAUCUCAUGGCGCUCUUACUGACUGCUCGAGGCGACUACGACCAUGCUGUAGAAUUCUGUGAUGUCGCCUUCGAGCAGUUCGGCGGAGCAGACAUAAUGUUCGGUGAAACUGAGGGCGAUGUCCUAAUCCAACGUAUGGAAGACUCCGAGAAGGAAGGCCUACUGCAGCUUCGCCUAACACAAUUGGCUCUUACUGAGAUGUUGGACGAUCCAGAGACUGCAGCCGACGCGGGAUCUCAAGUGCUCGCACUUUACCACAAACUUUUUGGUAAAUCGGGCAGUAGCGUGGCAGCUCCCCUGGAAGAUACCAUUGUCCCUUCCGCGGCAUCUUUUGUCGCACCGUCACUCAAGACACAAGGCACUUUCAAGAGCGUCAGUGGUAGUAUACUGAGAAGGAACAAAUCAACACGAAGAGGGGCAGAAGGACCAACGCGAGACAACGGCGUUCCUCCAGUUCCGACUGUGAACAAUGAUAUCUCUAUGACGGCGAACACAACAAAUACGACUAAUGGUGAAGACGUCUUGCACGAGAAGCAUCGUCACAAGUUGCAUUUACCCCACCACCCUCUCAAACAUCUUCACCAUCAUAAUCAUGGGGCGGAUCCCGAAAAGAGUGCUUUGGCUCAGGAGCAAGCCCCAGCUGUGCCGCAAAAAGACACUUCUGAUCAGAGUCAGCAACUACCUGCGGCAUCACAUCACGCAGAACAGCGCUCGUUGCAAGAUAAACGUCUCCCAACACCCAUUACCCUGUUUUCCUCCGCAGCACCCCGUCCCCGCUAUCCUCAUACAAAAAAAAGGCAGCAUACAACGUCUUUACUCAUCGAGGUCUGGCUUCAAAUUGCAGGACAAUAUACCCGCGGAGAAUUCUUCGAAGAUGCAGAAGGUGCGAUUCACGAAGCUCAAAAGCUUGCAGAAGAAUUCCAACUGGCUGUCGCACGAGAAGAUUCAUCCGCUCACGCAUUCAACGAAAGAGGUUGGGGAGGGGGUCUCAGUGCGAACAGAUUGUGGGCUGACGUCUGGGCUGAGCGCGGAUCUUUGUCCGCAGCAAAAAAUUACCCCCACGAAGCUCUCGCCGCCUACGAAAGAGCAUUGUCCCACUACCCUGACCACCCUGCCGCAAUCGUCGGCAUCAGCACAAUUCUCCUUGACAUCUACGCCGAAGUCAUUCCCGCCGAGAUACCCCUCUCAAACUCCAUCACGACUCCCGUAACUCCCACACCCGCAAAAACACUCCCCACAGACCCUACACCCUCUGUAGCGCUACAGACUAGAUUAGCAGCCAGAGAUCGAGCCUACUUCUUACUUACAUCGUUGACGAAGACUGGCGAGGGCUGGGAUGAUAGUGAGGCUUGGAGUCUACUCGCUCGAGCCCACGAGGCUAGUGGACAGGUUGAGAGAGCGAGGGAAGCCUUGUGGUUCUUGGUUGAGCUUGAGGAUGGAAGACCGUUAAGGCCUUGGAAUGUCGUUAGUAGUGCGCUUUAG